AUGACUUCCGAAGGCCAGCAUCUCCAAUUCUUACGACUCGCUUUGGAUGAGGCCAAGAAAUGCACACCGACCCCAACAGCCUUCUGUGUUGGUUGUGUAAUCGUAUCUUGCCUUGAAGCUGAGCCAGUUGUGAUAUCUGCUGGAUAUUCUCGCGAACUUCCAGGAAACACACACGCUGAAGCCAACGCACUAUCCAAAUUCCGCUCCUUAUCUUGGGACCAACUCUCUAAAUUCAAUGCUUCUGCCCAGUCACAUGCAGAUAUCCUUGCGUCCGCUGAUGUCUAUACCACAAUGGAACCUUGUUCAAUCAGGACAUCCGGGCUGUCGCCAUGUGCGGAGGCACUUAUUGAUGCUCGGGUGAAACGUUGCUUUAUAGGCGUCGGUGAACCCGAUGAUUUUGUACACUGCGAGGGAGCUCAGAAAUUAGUCGAUGCUGGGAUAGAUGUUAUAUGGCUCAAGGGUCUGGAAGAAGAAUCACUGAACGUUGCUCGUAGAGGCCACUGA